UUAACUUAUAUACAAACACUUAUCAACACUAAAAGCUCAUGUCAUGCUGCUCGUUAAAUGUCAAACAUAAACUGUCAUUAAUUUUUUUUUGUAGAAAAAACUUCAUACCGAGAAAUAGCAAAUUAUUUUUGCAGGUGUUGCCUUUUUUGUAAAAAUUAUUAAGAAAAUUGAAUAAAUAUCUGGUAAAUUCUUACGCAAACAAAAGAAAACAACAAAAUGGAACAAAUGGAUAUGGAAUUAAAAAAGGCAUUCACCGAAAUGCAAAUAAAUAAAAUAGAAACUACCAAGAAAAUGAAUAUGAUUGAUAUGAAGUGUGAUAUGGUAAAGACCGGUAAACAGAAAUAUCAAUUGACCGAAAAGGGUACCAGUGAUUUAACAGAUGAUACCAGAGUAUAUUUAUCCGUAGGCCGUAUGUUUGUGUUAACCAGCGUCCAGGAUAUGCGUGGUGACUUAAAAGCUAAACAAGAGAAAUGUGAUAAGGCCAUUGAAUUGCUAAGCAAAAAGAAAGAAUUUUUGGUGAAAUCUCUUAAAGAUCAAGAAGAUGGCUUACGUGAAUUGGUGCAACAACGUAAAGAAGCUGAAGCCGCCAAAUAGACAAACGAAGCAAGCCAUCAUCAACAUUCAUUUUCAUAUUAUUGUUUAUUUUGCAUUUAAGCUUUAAAAACAACUCAAAAAAAGAUAAACACGUACUACAUAUAUAAUAAUGAUAAACCUACUUGCAAUUAAAACAAAAAAACGAAUACCACUUUUGUGUUUAAGAGAAAA